AUGUCUGACAGGUCUGUCUCGCCCUUCACGGUCAACCCCAAUCCCAACCCGGCCGCUGCUCCGCCCACGCCCGCGCACGACCUCCCAGUUCUACCCCAGAUCGACGAUAUCGAUCCCGAUAACGAGUACCUCCACAGCCUUCGCAGCAUUUUCGCACCGUCCUUCGACAUGAGCAACCCCUUCGCACAGAGCAGCCGCCGCCGUCACGUGCCGUUCACCGUCGCCUCCGUCCUCCCCCGUACCGACUACAAGGAAGAGUGGGAGCCCAAGGAGCGCCGCUCCGACGACUACCUCGCCAUGCAGAUCGACAUCCUCAACUUCCUCACCACCCACGCCGCCGACGAGCUACAUCCAGCCCAAGCGCACUUCUUCACCGAGAACGCGGGCACCAAGCCCCACGCCCCAAACGCAAAGCAGGCCGUCGAGCUGUGCUACUUCAUGCGCUCCCACAGCUUUGACACGUACGUAAAGCUAGAUCCGCGCGGCGAGAAGAUCCAGCUCUUCGUCGCCAACCGCGACACUGGGGAGUAUCGCGGUCAUGACAAUUUGUAUUGGGAGCAGGAUAUGAAGACUGGGGCAGUGGUGCCGAUGGAGGAGCUGGCGAGGGUUGGGGUGAGGGGACGGAGGAACGCCGUACCGCACAUCUUUCAGAAUGUGUAG